AUGAUCGAUCGUCGCUACCACCGCUCCUUGCAGGUCUUCUCCUGGGCAGCGUGUGCCGCCAUGACGGCAAAGUUGGUGCUGUUUACUGACUAUAGCUCGCGAAGGGGCCACGGCGAGCAUGACCACGUCUUCUCGGGGAUCCAGAGGUACACAGACAAGCAGCUGGACAGAUUCUUUGGCGUCGAAGAUAUCAAGAAGCAGGCGCAGCUUCUGUAUGAACAGCAGCACUGUGACGCGAUCCCGUCCAGCCCUGAUCCGGACAAGAAAGAGUAA